AUGGCCGCAGGAUUACUCUUUACGAUGGUCUUCUUCAUCAUCAUGUUCUCCGACCUCGAAUGCGAUUACAUCAACCCCAUAGACCUCUGCAACAAGCUCAACCAGUUCGUUCUCCCGGAAAACAUCGCCCACGCCUUCCUCACGACGCUCUUCCUGCUCUCUGGCCAAUGGAUGGCAUUCCUGUUGAAUGCUCCUCUACUCGCCUAUAACAUCAACAAGAUCAGAAACAACGGACACAUGUACGACGCCACGGAAAUCUUCCGCACGCUCGGCGGGCAUAAAAAGGAGAGCUUCAUCAAGCUCGGGUUCUACCUCCUCAGCUUCUUCUACUACCUCUACCGCAUGAUCGUCGCACUUAUCUCUGAGAGCGAGUAA